AUGAAACUCCAUAGUGGUGGAAGCAAGGCUGCAUUGAGAUGCCUGUCGCGAUGGAGCAUACAGUGCUAUAGCCAUUCCGCCAGGGUCACUCCAGUGCCAGCUCUGCAAAAUCAUGCCCUGCCCCUGGACCGCUUCCGGGAGGCCGCUUACAAGGCUGAAAAACCUCUCAUUAUCAAGGCUGCAUAUGAACAAGGCACCUUACCCGCGGUGAGCAGGUGGUUCGUGCCGGAGGGCUCAGAUGAGGCGGCAUCAGGAGUUCAGAAGUGGACAACCACGCCAUAUCUAGAGCAAUUCGCCGGGACGGCCUUUCCAUAUGAACUCAUCGCUCCUCAGAACGAGAACUCCAGCAAGGCAGAUAUAGUCCAUCAUUUCCAGUCCUGGCUAUCCAAGUCCGGAGACGAAACAUACACCGCUCUGGCCUCCAUCCUGGCACACCACACCUCAGUCUGCGGCCCAUAUCAGUCCACUCAACCACAGCUCCUCCGCUUCUACGCCCCCCUAGCCCUCCUCGUCGCAGCACUCAAGUUCAACCGAGAACACUCCCACACCCCGCUCACCAAGCUCUACAUAGCACAGUCCGCCCUCGCGGACCUCCCGCCAGAGCUUCAGACGGAUGUCCCCGCGCCGGAGAUCGUCCGCCACGCCGGCAAGGGCGACGUCUACGACUCGAGCGUCUGGCUCGGGCUGGAGCCGACGUACACGCCCUGGCACCGGGAUCCCAAUCCCAACCUGUUCGUGCAGCUGUGCAGCUCCAAGACCGUCAGGACGAUGUCACCAAGUGCAGGCGAGCACGUCUUCCGCAUGGUGCAGAUGCGACUGGGCCAGUCGGGAAGCUCGAGGAUCCGUGGAGAGGAGAUGAUGCUUGGCCCAGAGAGGGAGGCCCUGCACGAGGCUAUAUGGGGCAGCGAUACUGCCGAGGGUCUGAGAGAGGCACAUCUCGAUCCCGGUGACAGCUUAUUCAUCCCCAAAGGGUGGUGGCACAGUGUCAAGAGCGACUUCGCCGAUGGGAGGCUGAAUGGGUCUGUCAACUGGUGGUUUCGAUGA